AUGAGGCAGUUCCUCUCUCCAACCACCCUUCUCCUCGUGGUUCUUCUCUUCCCAGGAUUGUCCAGGGUCACGAAUGCUAACCAGCAGGACACCGAGGGUCCCAGGGGACCAGAGGAAGGCUCCCCGGGACGUGGCACCGAAGGGUCUCACCCGUCACGCCACCAAGUAGAACGCCACCUCUUACCUCGCACGCCCCCCUUCCCGGACGUUGAACCAGAUUUCAAAGUUGUCAACUGCAAGAGAGGCGAUGGCAGAUGUCAAAAAUAUUGUAAUUAUAUGGAACUACAACUAGGCUAUUGCUCUAAAAAGAAAGAUGCGUGCUGUUUACCUCAAAACUGAGGUUGUUGUCAUAAAAGCCAAAGCUUUGUCCACUCCCUGUUCUCCUGGGCCAUCAAUCCAGAUGCGGGUGUUUUGGAGAAGGAGCUGAGCAGAGAGGAGGGAUAAAAAGGGGAUCAUGAAACACUAUAUGUGCUGAAAUAGACAUAUGGACCCGUGGAUGCUGAUCUUGUGACACAGCUGGAUUUCACAAAGGGCAGAUGGAGCCAUCAGGUGGUCAAUAUCCUGGACUCAAGACAUAAUCAGAAGGUAAGAGAACACCCUUGCUCUGUUUCAGAGAAGAUCUCAGUGCAAGAUCGCACAUAAU